AUUUUAUUUUAAAAUAAAUUUUACAAAACUUAAUUGAUUGAUGAAAACACAUGCUUGCUAGUGGUGUGAACGUGCAAAGAUACAGCUGUGAAAUGCUGCUGAAAAAGCAGAGCUGUGUAACAACUAUUAACCUACUAACUACUAACCAGUGAAGAUGAGUUUAAAACAGGUUGUAGAAAUACUUGCUUUCAUGACUGAAUAGCAGGUUUUCUGCGGGACUUCAGUGAGAGAUAAUAGUGAAUAUGAGAAGGGCUGCUAUUUCAUCAAUGAGCUGCCAUGAAGUUUCAGAAAAGGCAAGGAAGCGGAGUUGAGCAAAAGCGAAGACUGAGCAGCCGCUGCCAGGGUCCCAGUGUAGGGAAGGAAGGGCGAUUCCCAGAUUUCCAAUGAGGGCUUCCGGAGAACAGUUUGCCAGUCAUAUAUAACAUUAAACUAUGCAAUUUCACCCAGGGGCGGCGGGUUGAUAAUCGGAUAUACUGGAACCGUGACGUUAUGAUCCGAUGGUGCAUGUGACAGAGGCCAUGUAAACACAGAGUUACGUUCCCGCGGUUCCGAGUAUCCCGACCCCGCGCCGCUCCCGCCCGCCGGCCCGCCCUUCGCCGGGGCGGGGAGAUCUCGGCAUGGCGGGGUCGGGCCGGGAGCGCGGCGCGCACCUGGAGCUCUGGGGGCACCUGCGGCCGCUGCGCUGCGAGGCGCCGGGCGACGAGGAGGAGAGCGACGAGGAUUUCGAGGAGGAGCCGCUCUUGGUGGAGGAUACGCUCCUGGAGGCCGCCGGGCGGGAGCUGUCGGCCGCGCUGCCCCCGCGCCGCUCCGUUAUUAUACAGGAAUUCGACACCAAAAAGGAGUAUGUAGUAGUUGGACGUUUUCCAUUAGUUGACCCUUGGUGGAAGGUUAAUGUUAAAGCUAAAAAAUUGGGGUCGAAGUACUUUAUGCAAGGAUAUCCGUCGUACUUUCUGCAGACUGAUGUAGAAGAAAACAACAGACAAGUAUUUUCACUCUUUCUUAACAAAUGUGGUGUUCCUGAAAAUUGGAAAGAAAAAUUUUUUGCUUGGCUUCCUACGGAGUCUGUGCUGAGUUUUAGCAAUCUUGAAGAAAAACUAAAGGAGUUCCAAGUUUCACAGCUACAGCCAAGGAGGAUCCAAAGAGAUACCAAGGAUUAUGACAUCUUCUAUUAUGUUUUAAAAUCAUUUGCAGGAAAGGCGGUAUUGGUAGCUCUGGCUUUUCCGAGGAUUCUGGAGUUCAUGCCGAUUCUUCUGCCACGCCACUUCUGCUGUCUGUUAGAUAAGAUGUGUUGGGAAAGAAAGGCUGAUACGGAUGAUGAGGAGGUAGCUGAUGAGAUGGCAACAAAAUUGGAUGAGAUACUAAAGGAUGAGCCAUGGAAACUUGGGUUCAGCAGGAUUCUGUACAAGGAGUUGCACCUUCCUCACUGUGAGGCAACGUGGGCUGCCUUCUGUCAGUGUGAACAUCUCCUCUGGAAGAUUCCUGACCUGCAGAAGAAUGCAUUAAUUCUGUAUGAUCAGCUCAAGACACGCUGUAGACAGAUGGGACACACGUAUGAAGAUCAAGAUGAAUUAGCUCGUUUUGUGUCCAGUCACAUGUCCAUUGAGCAUGUUUGGCAAUCUCUUGAAUUUUUGAAAGAUCAGAAUAUAGUGAUUAAGGAAAAAAAGCUGGUGUUUCUGCCUCAUCUUUACAAAUCUGAAAAAGAUAUUGCAAUGUAUAUAGGUGACCUUCUGUCAAACAACACAUGGAAACUGGAUGUGGAUGUGAAAAAGAUACUUAGCAUUUCUGAGUCACCAAGAGAAACAGUAGAUAAUGAAAUAAAUAUUACCCAGGCACAUGAAAUGGAGGAAAAUAUUCCAGACAAUCAUAAUGGUGAAAAUCAUUUUCCUGAAAAGGAGGUGGACUCUCUGUCUGGUAUCCAAAGUACAGCAGAGGUAGACAAAGAUCAGGUGAUUGCUGUAAAAAAAAUUUGUGCUAAUCCUGUCACAAUCAUAAGUGGAAAAGGAGGCUGUGGGAAGAGUACAAUAGUUAGCUGCCUUUUUCGUCAUUUAAAGCAGAUGGAAAUAGAAGUGGAAGCUGCUUCUAAGGACUUUGAAAAAGACUUGGAUGCUUCUGAGGAAUGGAAUACAUUUGAUCAUCACUGGGAAUCAGAGAAUACGUAUGCAAAAAAAUUUUUGAAUGUACUGUUCACUGCACCUACAGGGAGGGCAACAAGUCUUUUGAGAGAAAAAACACAGCUUCCUGCAUAUACACUGCAUCAGAUUAUCUAUAGUUUUAAAGCGUGGAGUCGGAGUGAGCAGGCACAGCCAUGGAAGUUUUCUGCAGUUACAGUUCUGAUUGUAGAUGAAGGAAGUUUGGUGUCUGUACACAUCCUUAGUUUAGUUUUAAAACUCUUGUGUGAGCAUGCUCAGCUUGCUAAACUUAUUAUUCUAGGUGAUACUAGACAGCUACCAAGCAUAGACCCAGGAAACAUGUUAGCUGAUAUCUUUGAGGGUCUAAAACCAAGAGGCUUUUGUGUGGAACUGCGAACUAACCACAGAGCUGAAUCACAACUAAUUGUAGAUAACGCAUCAAGAAUCUCUCACCGGCAGCUUCCUGAAUUUGAUGAGGUGCUGAAAAUUUCUGCUUGGAAUGAGGAAAUAACAAUGCCAACCCCAGAGAAGAAAUUUAUUUUUAUUGCUUUGCCUGCUGGUGGGAAUUGUGAGAAUUUACAAACUGCAAUAAAGAUUUUACUUAAAAAAGGGCCAGGAUUGGAGGAUGCCAAACAAUCACAGUUCAUUGCUUUCAGAAGGCAAGAUUGUGAUCUAAUAAAUGAACUUUGUUGCCAACACUAUUCAAAUCAUUUAACCAGAGACCAUAAGAACCGACUUCUAUUUCAGAUGGGGGACAAGAUUGCCAGCACGCGCAAUGUGUAUCUCAAGGAUCUGCUGGCAGCCUGUGAUGUCGGAGAGGGUCCCAAUGGCCAGGAAUGCGGAAAUGGAGAAAUCACAUUCACUGCAGAGGCUGAUGACGAGGGAAAACGACUCUGCAAUGGAGAUAUAUUUUUCAUAACAGAGGAUAAAGAAAUUGAUAAGCAGCGCUUGCUGACCAUCAGCAGCACAUACGGCUCCACGUUCACUGUGAAGUACAAGGCACUGAGGAAGCUGUGUCACAUAAAGCAUGCCUGGGCCAGGACUAUUCACACAUUCCAGGGCUCUGAGGAAAGGACUGUUGUGUACGUGGUUGGCAAUGCCGGCCGGCAGCACUGGCAGCACGUGUACACAGCCGUGACCAGGGGACGCUGCCGCGUCUACGUCGUGGCUGAGGAGCUGCACCUCAGGAGAGCAGUAAAGAACAAGGAGAUAACCAGAAAAACACGUUUGCAGAGAUUUCUGAGAGAGGCAAUUGCGGAAACAAACAGCUGUCCCAAACAAAUGUCCUCUCCCCUGAUGAAGUGCUGGCAAAGUCAAGAGCUGGAGGCUCAAUCUGUUUCUGUUACUCAAGGUGCUCCUGACCCACCUGAACUUCCAAGUGACCUCAUGAUACAGGAAGGGUCGUCAGUUCUCAGUGAAAAGCAGAUGAUCAGUUUGCAGCUGAGUCCAUGUAAAAGACAAAUUCCUGCAUCUGAGGAUGCUACAAAAAACCCCCCUAGAACAGUAGAAGAAUCCCCACUUGGAUCUUCCAGACUUAGGAAUCUAACUUUGGGACAAACUCCUAGGAAGCUUUUCAAAAACUAACAGACAAUUAUUAAUUGGUCCUGGUGUGAACAG